UUUUUCCGGUUGAUUCUCAUCAGAUCCUUUACAAACAAUAGAAGUGUGUCCCACACGUUUGACUCCACAGAAGUCUACCACACUGCACUGAUAAACUGUGGGAUAGUCCCUGGUUUCCGGCUUCAGUGACGGGAAGGUUCGCAGCACCCUGAAGCUUUGUAAAAGCUAAAGAAGCUAACAGGAAGCUAACGUCCACGGAGCUUUUCCCUCUAAAAGAUGAACUACUCCGACUAUGACUCUGACGGAUACUCCUCUAAUGAAGACGCAGACUAUGUCCCCUCAGAUGAUAACCUGAGUGAAGAUGACAUUAAUGAGUGUGAAAAGGAGGAUCCCCUGCAUGAAAACGAUGACGUGCCACAUCCUGACGGCGUCACCAAGAAGAAGAAGACGAAGACAGAUAUCAGUGUGAGAAAAAGGAAAAAAGGAGUUCUGAAAGUAGAGAAGGAGGAGGGCAAAGCUGAAGACGAAGAAGAGAGUCGACAGCAACAGGAGGAAGAAGAACCCAGUGAACGAGAUGAUGAAGAAAGACAGAAGAAAAAGGCCGAUGACCUUUGGGCCAGUUUCCUGUCGGACGUCGGCUCCAGACCCAAAGACACCGCACAAAAAACGGACUCAUCAGUAUCGAAGGCCAGCCCUUUGACGACACAAAUACAAAGAAAACCAGCAGAACCUGCCAAAGUCACCAUCACUAAAGUGUUUGACUUUGCCGGAGAAGAAGUCAGAGUGAACAAAGAAGUGUCAUCAGACUCCAGGGAAGCCAAAAGUUUCCUGAAGAGUCAGAUUCAUCAACAGAAGGAGGACGAAGAGCAUUCAGCACACAGCCCACGUCCCCUACCUGGACCUAGGUGA